AUGUACAGACACCCCAAACACCAGAAGCAGCGCGAAAUGCAGAGAGAAAAGGCCAGCAGCAGCAGCAGCAACAGCAACGGCAGACGAGCAGCAGCAGAAGAAACAGCAGCAGCAGCAGCAGCAGCAGCAGCAGCAGCAGCAAAAGCUCACGUUUUUGCUCAUUCAGGUCCGCACUGCCUCCCUUCCUGCGCUUCCUCCGUGCUGCAGCAGCGCAGCAAACAGCAACAGCGGGAAAUUUCAGCAGCAGCAGCAGCAGCAGCCCGAAACAGCAGCAGCAGCCCGAAACAGCAGCAGCAGCAGUCAGAAUCAGCAGCAGCACUGGAAACAACAGCAGCAACAGCUCCAGCAGCAGGAGAAGCAACAAAAGCAGCAGCAGCAGCAGCAGCAGCAGCAAACUCGCGCCCGCAGCAGCAAAACCCCAACAGCAGCAGCAGCAGCAAAACCGCGCCUGCAGCAGCAAAACCACAACCACAACAGCAACAGCAACAGCAGCAGCAGCAGCAGCAGCAGCAGCAGCAGCAGCUUGCCCUGGUUGUUGGUGUCCGGGUAGCUGGGCAUGAGUUCUACAGCAGAAGUGCAGCAGAAGCAGCGAUAGCAGCAGCAGCAGCAGCAGCAGCAGCAGCAGCAGCAGCAGCAGCAACAGCAACAAAAACAACAACAACAGAAACAACAAAGCAACAAAAACAACAACAGCAACAGAAACAACAGCAACCACAACAGCAACAAGAGCAACAACCACAACAGCAACAACAACAAAGCAACACCAAAGCAGCAGCAGCAGCAGCAGCAGCAGCAGCAGCAGCAGCAGCAGACCCCCAUGCAAACAGCGGCCGACGCAGCAGCAGCUCCCCGAAGAUGCAGCCUGCAGCACAGCAGCAGCAGCAGCAGCAGCAGCAGCAGCAGCAGCAGCAGCAGCAGCAGCAACAACAGCAGCAGCACAACAGAUAA